AUGGCUGUGUGCAAGGUGUCCAGCUUCCGGGGAGCCCUGCUGGGGGCACUGCUGGGAGACUGCCUCGGAGCCGUGUUCGAGGGUCUCAACACAACUGUACGGAGUGUGUGUCAGUUCCUGGACCGCCUGGACAAACGGAGCAAGGAGGGGAAGGGUGAGAGCCAGGCAGGCAGCCAGCCAGGCAGGCAGCACUGAGUCUGAUUAUAGUCCUAUACACUCACUGUAUACACAUAGCAUUCUGUUACACUGGCUGAGCAUAGUGGGAGUUCAUUGUAAUACAGAAAGUACCCAACAUUGGGGCUUUACUACUUGUAAUAGCAGCUAUACAUAUUUAUUUUUAGCUCAAGAUAUUAUCAGUAACUGACUUCCCCCUUUUUAUUACUUAAAAUAAAUUUUGUUAUAAUAAUAAUAACUAGAAAAGCUACAAUUUCUGGGGAAAUUGUGUGAAGUGCUCUUGUCUCCACCAGUAGUCUACAACUGGAGUGGGCGGAGUAACUGUGGAAAUGUUGGAGUGUGGUUCACGCACUCUACAGCAAGCAUGGCAAACUCGCGGCCCACGGGCUGCAUGCUUCCCACAAGGACCAUCUUUGCAGCCCAGCGAGCCACGAGUACAUGCCUAAUAUUCCAAGCAGAGUAGGCACCUGCUUUCUCCACAUUGCAGGUGCCUACUCUGCUAACACUUAAAGUGUGUGCGUCUCUGUGUGUGUGUGUCUGUCUGUCAGUGUGCCUGUAUGUGUGUUUCAGUGUGCCUGUGAGUAUGUGUGUGUCAGCUGGAGGAUCAGAUUUGGCACACAGUGGUGGAGGGGGGGUGUUGUGGUUUAGUGGGGGGGGAGACUGUUUUUUUAUACUGUACUUUUUAAAAGAAACCUAUGUUUCUAUGAAAAUGUAAGGUAUUUUUGUUUUGCGGCCCACGUAAACUUAAACCUGGUAUAUGUGGCCUGUGCCAGACUUUGAGUUUGACAUACUUGCUCUACAGCAAGGGCAGAGAAGAGCUUUCAAAUCCCUCGAACAUUCCACCAACUGCCAACAGGAACUAAUAGAUUUCAAAUAGGGCAGAGAAGAGCGGUUAAAAACAAACUGCUCCAAAUCCUACAGUGAAGAGCUUUAUAUUGUGAGAAUCACAAGACCCAGACCUACAUUUUGAUGCAUAAUAUGUCUCUGGGAUAUUAAAAAUGAAGGCACAGUCGCAGUUUAGAUAUUGCCCUUCAAAUUUGAGGUGGCUAGAGUGGAGUUUCAAUGAAUGUCAAUGGACGGCGUGAGUUGCAAACAAAUGGUCAUAUUGUGAAAACUAUCAGGGCUAUGGCUUAGCCGUGGACAUUUUUAUUGGCAGCAGGGAUAGCUGAACGUUUUGAUAUAAGAUUUGUGUAGGUGGGCUUGAAAAUGAGGGAGUGGUGGCAGUUUAGAAAUCAUGUCCUGAUUUUUCAGCUCACACUCUAGCUUUUGUCAGCUCCCAUUUAUUCCUAUGGGACCAAUUUUGCCACAAAAACGAUGAUAUUCCGUGAAACAUUCGGCGAAACGUUCCACAAAGUAAUAGCAAUCCGAUCGGGAACAAUCCCCAAGUUUCGGUAUAUUACUGUCUAUGUCAGGGGUAGGCAACCUACGGCACUCAAGGCUGCUAGAGCCAAACAGGCUCUGGCCUAUCAGGAGUCCCAGUAUCAGAUAUCUGCUAAUACGAAGAGAUGGUGAAGGACAAUCCUCAAUGUAUGCAUUGCAGCACAUAGAGAAACUGAUCUCAGAUCACUUCCUCCCAGCACUUGUGAAUGGGAAUCCACACUGUAGUAGAGCAGCCUGCAGUUGCUGUUGCAGCUCCUGUGCUUGACCUGUACCUGGCCAGCCUGGUCCCCACUGGAACCCACACUGCUAGAUAUACACAGAAAUGCAGAAUAACCCUCCCCUCAUACAAAUAAAACGAACAGACAUACACACAAUCCGUACAAACGCAACACCACUAACAAUCAACAUGCAUGCACACAAUCCCACAUGCAGCAUCUCACGUGCAAUACUCCAAACAGCCCCCACACAUACACACAACACCAACCACAAACUUCUCAUGAACAUAUACAAUAUAAUAGCUCAUAUACUCACAAAUACAACGAUACAAAGCAAUUACAGUAAAAAUAACACAAGCAGAAUACGGCAGCAUACACACGUCAAUUUAAAAAAAUAGGACUGGCACACUACGGGACAUCACAAUCCUAUAUCGGCACAGUGCUGUUAAAAGGUUGCCUACCCCUGGUCUAUGCAGUGUAAAAACUGUGGGAAGAGUUAGGGUGGUAAAUUUGGCUAUAAUAAGAAUAAUAAUAUAUGUGGGAUAAUAGUAAGUGGUCUUGCUAUGCAAGAACACUUUAAUAAAGAGAAAAAAAAAAGUUGUGGAAUUCCUCUUGUUUGUUGCUCAUCUGUCUCAUAGAACUUGAAUGAGAAUUCACAGGACUUCCCUUUUCUAAUAUCUUUAAGACAUACUAAUUUUGCAGAAGGUGGAGGGGCUGACAGUGCUGCCUUAAGUGACUUUUUUUUCUGCAUUCUAUGGAAUGAUAUGGAUGAAUGGUACCCAUAGACAUUAUCAGAAAAAACUAAAACUGUUGUGGUUUAUUAACGACACAACAGACUACAUAAAUAAAUAAUAUGGAUAUUCCCUGACUGCACAGGUUCUGAGAUUCUUAGUGAUAUUAUUGCUGCUUUCUGGAAUGACAAUGAUGGAUGGCACAGGUCUUUCAUGCUGGGGUGCCUAUUAAAAUAAUUAACAGGGAUCGAGUGCCCUGCGAGUGGGGGCUAUUGUCCUCCCCAGCUCCCACCUGUUGUGAUUGCUGGGGGCCCUAAAUGACAAUGGAGGAGUGGGUCUAUUGUCCUUUUGCAGACCCCACCCAUUGGCAGUGGAUGGAUGCCACGAAUGAUAAUGGGGGGGAACAUUGUGUGUGUGUCCCAGCCUUCACCCAUCGACAGUGGGAGGGGGCCCUAAAUUAUAAUGGGUGGGGACCUAUUGUCCCACCCAUUUGCCAAGGGUGGGGGCUAGUUGUUAAAAUAAUUCCCCCCCCCCCCAGUGACUAGGGGGUGCCUAUUCACCUCUCAAAUAAACAAAUACCCUACCUACCACCUUCACCCUUAUAAUAGUGGGGAAAGGGGGCAAUAAAUCUGAAUACCUGAAAAAUAAAAUAUUAAUACUGACCAUUAGAUGUCUCCUUUUUUUUUUUUCAUAUUCCUUUUUCACCCUCAAAAAAGGGCAAACUGAAAUCCAUAAAGUUGCGUCAAACUAUUAAAAUAAAGGACCCGAUCACAAAAAUAUACCUCUAAAAAAUAUUCCAUCUUCACCCAUCAAGGGCUCCGUGCAGACUGAGCUUGGGGUGGGUAAAGUCUUAUAAAGCCAUUCCACACCGUGCAAGUUGACUUAGCGCGUCAGAUUGGUUGGUUUAAAAUAUUAGCUGGUAACUCCCUUCUUGUAAUAAACUGAACAAAGAACGAGUCGCAACUCUGUUUUAGUUUCAUUUCAAUGUAAUUCUAUUCAUUAAUUUUGUCUUUUGGACUAAUAGCCGAAAUUAGGACAAAAGUGAAUGCCUAAGUCUACAAGUGGGCAUGCGUGGGAAUUUCACAGCGCAAGCUAGUGUGGGAAAUGAAGGUGAUGAAGUAAACUUCAUCCAGGAACACAAAGAUGGCUGUGCCUAGGACACAGAUCGGGAGAAGAAAUUAGGCAGUAUAAAAAGGUGGUAUGGGGGACCUAGUGGCAUUUGGGGGUGAUGGGGGGACAAUAAAGUGUAGAGGAGUCAGGAGAGGGGUUAAAACCCCUCUGACCCCCACCCCCCCCCCACAAAAAAAAAAACAUAAAAUAAAAAAAUGGAAUGCAGACCUGGCAAAGGUGCUUUAACAGAAAAAAAGAAAAAAUGCUGUGGAUUAAAAAUCAUAAAACAGACCAUUAGGGGUAUUCCGAACUACAGUGAGUUUUGGUACAUAGAUCAUGUCCCUGCAGUCCCACUGCUCAGUUCUCUGCCAUUUAGGAGUUAAAUCACUUUGUUCGUUUAUACAGCCCUAGUUACAGCUCCAUGCAGAAGACUUGUACAGCUUUCCUAAACACUUCCUGAAAAGGAAUCUAGAUAUUUUAUGUUCAUGUAUUGCACAGUCUGUUUAAUCUAGAAUUUAUGUCCUGCUAUGUUAAUAGUCUUCUAGAGCUUGCGUGUUCUAUAGCCUCCUGUGUGUGAUUAAAGUUCAAAUUGCAGACAGGGCAUAAAAAUUGCUAAAGCAAGUUAACAUCUGAUUUUGUUUUUUCAUGGAGGCUGUGACGUGUGGCUAGGGCUCCAUAACAGAAACAAAAAUGAUUGAACUCCUAAAUGGCAGAAAAUUGAGCAGUGAGAAUGCAGGGUCAUGAGUUAUACAACCAAACUGCUUCAUUAAGAACGGAGGCAAUUGUACACGUUCUGAUCAAAACAAAACCUAGAAUUUGAGCUAUAUGUCUGUUCAUCCAUAGUUUACCUUUUUUCUAUUAAGUAGUACCCACAACAAAUAUUAAUGUUGUCUUUUUUGUGGAUUUUAAUCGACUUUUUUUUUUGUUUUGUUUUUUAUAUGUUGUUUAUGUCUAUGGGCAUUCUUUUCUGUUAUUCACCCUUGUUAUUCCUUACAAUAUGUGAGCAUAAAGCUGCAGAUAUUCUUCACUAAUUGCUUUGUCUCAUGAUAUCUUUGGAUUGUGUUGAAAUUGAAUGUUAUCCUUUUUAUUUAUAUGGUGAACUAAGGUAGAAAAGGCAAAAACAUGACUGUUCCUUUUCUUCUUUUUUUUUUUCUUUUUAUUCUUCCACCCCUUGAUUUAGAUCCUCUGAUGUACACAGAUGACACUGCUAUGGCAAGAUCGAUCAUUCAGUCAGUACUGGCCAACAAACAAUUUGAUACAAACGAUCUCGCUGAAAGGUACAAUUUAUCUGCUUGCAAUACAGUGAUGGAUGGUUUACUGCACUGGCACACUGUGAACCAUCUGUCUAUGUGCCAAGACCAUUACGUGUAGGUAUGAUUGUCAUGGUGUGUUUUUUUUGUGUGUUUUUUUUUUUGCCCCAGAUAUAAAUAGAUUACACACACUUUACAUUGGGUAGCAAGAUUUAUAAAUAAAUGGGAAAAAAUAUGUUCCUUAAAUGGGACAUGAGUGAUAAAAAUAUAUACCCAGGAGUUACAAACUCUGUUAAAGGGUUAUUCCAAGCAUUACAUCUACUAUAGCCCACUUUGGUGGUUAUAAUGUCAGGAAUACCCUGGCCUACUUCUCCGGUAAUGGUAAAAACCAUUUAGCAUUGGUAUGCCUACUUACCUGGGUCCACGCAGAGCUCUGAGGCUCCUUUCUGUGUAUGUGACAUGCUUCCAUCUGCUGCAGAUGCCGAUCCAGUGCCAUUCAUUGGCUGAGAGCUUCAGCUGACUGUUCUCCGCCAAUACUUAAACAUACACAAACGCAGAUACCACAUACUGGCACACGGAUACACACAGUUAAACAUACAAACUCAGAUACCACACACAAAUACACAUUGGCAGAUACAUACAAACACACUGGCACAAAGAUACACACAUUGACAGAUACAUUGACACACAGAUACACAAACCCCUUGCCACAUAGUGUGACAAACGCUCCUUCCCACGAACGUUUGCCACAGACUCCUGGAGGAGUGUGAAAGCCGGCCUCCUGCCCACCGACUGGUCCAGGUCUGAGACACAGUUUGGGAGUUACCCUGCCCAGCCGCCAUUAGCAGCUUUCCCUGGGUGCUCCUGGUUCGGCACUUUCCCUUCUCACGAAUGGAACUGGAUGCUAGCUCCCUGGCGGCGGUUCGCAUGAACAAACCCAUCGAUAGUUAGCCGCGAUCACUAUGGAACUACUUUCGGCAUGAGGACUUCAUGGGUUCCCAGUCAUCUCAGCUGUAAUUAGCCGCGAAUGUUAUGGAACUGUUUUCGUCAUCAGGUGCCGUACAACUUGGUCCGGGGUUUUGAACCACUGCCAGGAGAGCGCUUUUUGGAGGGAAGGUGCCUGAGACUAAGGGGAACAAACGCUAUCUGAGAGCUAGACAGAACACCAUGUAUUUCAAACGCAGGAGCUCCCGAAAGUUGACCGGCAAAAGCACCAAACGCCCUGGAUUUAUUUUAGGCAUAGCACCGGUCAGAACUUUAACUUUAAUUAUCUCCCAGGCCCAGAGAUUCCUGGGAGGGGCUUGUGUUGAAUACAAUGAAGACACCAUGCUGGGGUCUGUGCGUGAAAGACAGAGUUUGGCUCAUUAAAAUCAAUUGUACUCAAAGAACCAUGUGUUGUCUAGUACUGUGAGGGGAAAGGGUUAAUCAUUGCUCAGCACGUUGUUCCAGCUCGUGGAGGAUUCAGCAGGGAAAGUCCAGCGCCCAGGACCGUGUGUCAUCCAGUGCCUGACAUGAGAUAAAGCUAGUCCCCUACCCUGUUCUAGGACGGAGAUGCUCUAGGAGGACCCCAGUUAAGCCACGGCGACUGGGGCAGAAGCGUUCAGGUUUUCCCCGGUUCCAGCUAGGAAGCGGUCCUUGGCAAAGGUACUCAGUCGGGGUACAGGUAGCUCCGCUACAACAGAUACACACACUGACAUGCCGAUACACAAACUGGCACAGACACAAUGACACACAGACACACACACGUCAUAAUGUUUAUAUUUGCAGCCACCCUCCUGUUAACUUAUCUUUUGUCUGCAAGAGGGUGGCUUGCUUAGAGUGCUGCUAGCUGAGGUUGGUGUGUGGAGUCUGCAGCAGCUCCAUUCCCGAUGCUGCCUCUCUGUCCAGUGCUGCGCUCUCUGUAUCUGGGAGGAAGUGACAGGCUGUCACUUCUUCACAGCAUCCGAUACUACAGUUGCCCGGUCGCCCUCUUAAAGGGCCGUUGUGCCUGACCAGGCCCCUGUUCCCCAAUAACCAUCUGGUAGCCCUAAGUGCACGGAACACCAAUUGGGAAACGCUGCCUUAGACAAAUGAGUCUAGUUAAUUUACAAAAAAUUGGUGUAGUAUACAUUUUGAACCCCUAUAGCAAGUAAUUUUUUGUUGCCUGAUGAAGUGGCUGUCAUGUGGUGUCAUAACAUGGGAUCUGCAGAAAAAGGGUUUAGUGAAUCUGAGAAAAGUUUUGUGAUGUUAGUAACACAGGGCUUGACAAAUUUGUAUGGAAUCUAGGAGUCAUCUAAAAAAGUUAGGAGCCAGUUGUUUGUUUAUUUUUAAGGGACACUAUAGUCACCAGAACCACUACAGAUUAAUGUAGUUGUUCUGGUGCCUAUAGCUUGUCCUUGUAGUCUUUUUGAGAGAAAAGGCAGUGUUUACAUUGCUGCCUACUUAGCAAUCACUCAGACGGCCACUAGAGAAUCCUGUGUAAGUGCUCUGCAUGGAGGCGCUGAAUGUUACCCAUAGGAAAGCAUUGGCUUAGCGGAGAUCAGAAAGAUUGAUAUUCUCAACUACGAGACAAGCCGCGGCAAAACCGGCACAGCGCUGGGAAAAAAGGUGAGCAAAAACACUUCUCAUGUGAUCGGAGGGGGGCAGGUACCUAAACAGACAUACACAGCCUGACAGGCGCACACAAACUUUGACACACACUGACAGACUUACAAACACACUGUCAGAGAGACACACUGACAGAGGCAUGCUCACACUGUCACAAAUUUUAAUCCACCCACUCUCCCUACGUUUGAGAGAGCUGAGUGGAUCUUUCCAUGGGGUUCAGUGGGGCUGCCUGCUCAUUCUGCGUGUGAGGUAGCCGUAAUCUACUUGCAGCUACUCUCUGCUCCCUCGCACUGUCUGUAGUGAUGCCGGAAUGGCGUCAUAUUCUGGUUCUUGGCAUUGGGGAUCGACCGAUUAUCGGUUUUACCGAUAUAAUCAGCCAAUAUUCGGUAUUAUAGGCAAUAUCGGUAUCGGCCAGUAUAGAUACCGAUAAUACCUCCUAGCGGUGGUCCUGGGGGGACCGGCAGCAAGCUGUUACUUACCUCCCAGCAGCUCUUCCAGCUCCCCAGUGUAAAUCUCGUGAGACCUGCGGCCGUCAGAGCGUUACCACGGGUUACUAUAGUAACGCUCCGCGAGAUUUACACUGGGGAGCUGGAGGAGCUGCUGGGAGGUAACAGCUUGCUGCUGGCCCCCCACUAUACAUACCACUGGACCACCAGGGAUUAACAUAUCCCCCCUCCCUGGCCAGGCAAGCCGGGAGGGGGGACAAAAAAUUAAAAUAAAACAUAAACAUUAAAAAUUAAAAUAAAAAAUGCCUCCCCCCAUUUUACACAAAUCACAUCCCUUCAGGAAAACACACACACUCUGCAUUAUAUACACACACUACACACUCUGUAUAUAGUGUGUAGUGUGUGUGUGUGUGUGUGUGUAUAUAAUGCACACACUACAUUAUAUACACACUACACACUGUAUUCAUUAUAUAUACACACACUGCGUUCGCUAUACACACUGCACUCACUUUACGCACACUACACACACACACACUGCAUUUACUUUACACACCACACACUACAUUCACUAUACACACACUACACAAACACACACUCUCUGCAUUCAUUAUAUACACACUACACAAACAGUCCCUACAUUCAUGAUAUACACACAGGUCCACUGUCUAAACACACUGCAUCCACUGCAUGUGGCUUGUAUAUUUUGUGCAUUUACCUUUAGAAAUAGUUUAUUUUUUCAAAAUGGUAAAUGCAUGUUAUCGGCCUGAAAGUUCACAGAUUAUCGGUAUCGGCUCAAAAAAAAAAAUCAAUAUCGUUCAAUCCCUACUUGGCAUCCCUAUACAGCGUGAGGGAGCAGAGAGGAGCUGCAGUAAGAUUACUGCUCCCUAGCAGCUGCUUGAUCCUGCGGCCUCUACAUAACCCAGGGCGGCCGGCUACAACGCUCCAUGAGAAGGCCGCCUCCAUGCUCUCCAGGGUGGGCGGCUGGCCCCAUUGUUUGGAUCAGCCGGUAAAGGGCUGACAAAUCCCAGGAUUUUUCGAGCCCUGUAUUAACAGUUCCCAUUACGGUGAUGGUCAGUUGAGUUAAAGAAUUGAGAGGUGCUGUACGAGUAUGGUAGUAAUUUAUAUCAUGUUUCUUGCCUCUUACUAUAUCACAAUCUAUUCUAUACUUGUUCUUUAUAUAGUCUGCAUCAAAACUUAAUACCCAAACGUCUAGCCUUCUUUUAUAGAAAAUGUAUCUACUUCUUCUGUUUGUCUUUUUAGACAGUGUCUUUGUUUUGCAACCUGAAAUGUCUUACAUAAUUUUCCAGAUUUACUGAAGAGUACAAGAAUGAUCCUCACCGUGGAUAUGGCAUGGCAGUGGUACAUGUGUUUGAAAAGAUUGAUAGCGGCGAGUAUGACAAUGUGUUUAUUCCUGCCAAGGAGCAGUUUGAUGGCAGAGGGUCAUACGGUAAUGGAGCAGCCAUGCGAGUGGUAGGAAUCCCACUGGCCUACCCCAGCAUUCAGGAUACCAUAAAGGUUUGUCUAAAAAAAAAAAACAUAUGUUUAGUGUUAUGCUUCUGAAUACAACUUUGUGUUUGUAACUAAGCACCAUAAUAUGGUGUUCUAAUUUCUAAUCUGUGAAAAUUAAGAAAAGAACUAGUUAUACCACCCAAUGAUGCCAAUUCCAGCGCUUGAGGCAAGCAUCUACAAUUUGAAGUGAUUAAUUUAGGGUUUACACUAUUCAAAAACAAUAUAAAUAGUUAUAAAUAUAUAUUAUAAAGCAACUCGAUUGGCUGAUCUCAAAACACUUAAAUUUUAAAGGUGUAAAGAGUUGUUGCAGAAAUGGACUUUCACUUUUUUCUUAUGAGGCGGCUAGAAUGGAGCCUGCUAAAUGUGCGAGUCAGAGACAGGCGACGAGGGAGGGUGCUGUGAUCUUACUCUGCUCCCUCGAAUGCCCUGCAGUGAUGCCGGGAUAUGACGUCAGUCCGGCCCCAUCACUACCAGUGAGGGAACAUUGCAAGAAGAUGACAGGCUCAGAGAAGCCACAAUGGACUCCAGGGAAAGCAUCCACUCCAGCAAAAUAACAAUAAUUUGAGAGUGUGUGUCAGUCAGAGAGUGUGUGUGUGUUUAGGUGACAGGCCCCCCUCCAAUCUCAUGGGAAAGGUGGGUUUUUAUUCGUCUUUUUUCCCACACCAUGCUGGUCUCGCAUCGGCUGCCUCCUCCUCCAUGGCUGAGAUAAUCAACCUUGAUGAUCUCAGCUUUUCUGAUGCUUUCCGAUAGGAAAACAUUGUGAGGCAAAGCGCUGCGGAAGUCUGCAUUUCCUCAUAUGCAUUGAAUCAAUGCAUGUCUAUAGGUAAUGUUCAGCGCCUCCAUGCAGUGCAUAGAUUAGGAAGCACCUCUAGUGGCCAUCUGAGUGACUGUUACUAGGCAGCAAUAUAAACACUGCCUUUUCUCUGAGAAGGCUGUGUUUACAUUGAAAUGUCUGCAGGAACAGGCUACGAAACCAGAAUAAGGCUGUAGUGGUUCUUGUGACUAUAGUCCUAUUAGAGAGUCCCGAGAUUCAAAGCAAAUUUGUCUAGCCCUAGCAUAAUUAUGGGUGGUGCAUCCACAUUGUAAUGCUCCUUUAAACAAUAACAUGUUAUGCUGCCCACUUCACUUACUGUUCCCAUAUGUCAAACACGUUUUAUGUAAAUUGUCUUGUCUACCUAUUGUACAGCCCUACAGAAUAGGUAAGCAUUAUAUAAAUAAUAGCAUUUUCUAUAUAAUAAUAUAAAAUAGUACAUCUAUAAAAACUCAUGAAAUAUAUAUAGAUCAGCCACAAUAUUAAAACCACCUGACUAAUAUCGUAUAGGUCCCCCUUGAGCUGACAAAACUGCUCCAAUGCAUUGAAGCAUGGACUCCAUAAGACCUUUGAACAUAUCUUGUGGUAUCGGGUACCAAGACAUUGGCAGCAGACCCUUUAAGAUGUUUAAGGUGGCGCCUCCACCUUGAGAUCUGGGGAUUUGGAGGCCAAGGCAACACUUUAAACUCUUUGUCAUGUUCCUCAACCAUUACUGAACAAUUUUUGUAGGGUGGCAAGGUGCAUUAUUAAUGGCUAAUGCUAUUAGAGAACACCAUUGUCAUGAAGGGAUGUAUGUGGUCUGCAACAAUGUCAAAGUAAUAAACACUUGAAUGCCAGGACCCAAGGUUUCCCAGCAGAGCAUUACCCAGAGCAUAACACUGCCUGUGCCGGCCUGCCUUCUUCCCAUAGUGCAUCCUGCUGCCAUCUCUUUUCCACGUAAACAAUGCACACACACCUGUCAUCCACCUGUUCUAAAAGAAAAUGAUUCAUCAGACAAGGCAACUUUCUUCCACUGGUCCAUGGUCCAGUUCUGAUGCUCACAUCCCCAUUUAAGGUGCUUUCGGACAAGGGUCCUCCUGGGCCCUCUGACUGGUCUAUUGCUAUGCAGCAAAUUACGAUGCAUUGUGUGUUCUGAUACCUUUUUAUAAUGAACAAGAUUAAGUUUUUCAGCAAAUUGAGCUACAGUAGCUCUUCUCUGUGAUAGGACCAGACAGGAUAGGUUUUGCUCCCAACGUGCAUCUUUGAGCCUUGGGUGCCUUGAUGUUCGUUCACCGGUUGACCUUCCAACGUACUAACCACUGGGAACACCUCACAAGACUUGCUAUUUCAGGUGUUGCUCUGACCCAGUCGUCUAGCCAUCACUAUUUGGCCUUUGUCAAAGUCACUCAGAUCUUUUAGCUUACCAAUUUUUCCUGCUUGCAAUACGUGAAAUUCAAGAAAGGAUUGUUUACUUGUACUUUUAAUAUAUCCCCCCCAUGACAUGCCAUUGCAAUUAUAUAAUUCUUGUUAUUCACUUCACCUGUUAGUAGUUUUAAUGUUGUGGCUUAGUCUGUAUCAUGAAAUAAUUUUGUGUAUAUAUUUAUUUUUUUUUUGUCUUUCUACAAGCAGUAUGCUAAACUCAGUGGCCAGCUGACUCAUGCCUCUUCUCUGGGCUACAAUGGAGGCAUCUUACAGGCCCUAGCUGUGCAUUAUGCGUUGCAGGGGGAGCAGAGUAAGGACACUUUUCUGCAGCAUCUUCUGGACCACAUGCAGGAGGUAGAAUCGGAUGAAAAAUCCUGUUCUGAUGCCAGAGCGUGAGUACAUUUGUUAUCAGUAUUAAUUCACAUAUGGGCUGAAAAAUAGCUUUUAAACAAAAAUGAAACCCAAGGGUUUAAUUGGAUUAACAAUGUCCCAGAGAACCAACCAUUCCCCAGUUUAAUAGUGGAGCUUUUACUACUUGGUUUUGUUUAGACAUGAUGCUUUUCCAGUCUUCUAUGAUUAUGUUCAUUGUUGCCUACUGUAAUUUUUGGGAUGAGCAUGCCCCGGUCACUAUCCCUUAUAUUGGGUAUAAUUAUAUUGUGAAGUUAUUAGUUGAUGCUCUCAACAUGUGAAUGGCAUUUAUAUUUUAGGAACCACAAGUUUGUAUUAGACUACUAAAAUGAUUUGCCACACUGACCUGGGAGGCAGCAUCAUAACCAUUACAAUGGGCUUUGAUGUUUAUGGUCCUUUGCAUGUCAACAUAAUGUUUUAAAAUUCUGGUGUUUGCUUGCAAAUCUCUAUAUAACGCUGCUCAUACCUUCCUAUCCUCACUAAUACACAUCUCUCUGCCGAAGAUGUUUUUAUUCUCUUUUCGUAUUAGCACCUCUUCUUCCUCUCCUGCAACCGUGCCAUCCAAUAAACCAACCUCUUACCAUUUUACCCCACUUCCUUUAGAAUGUAAGCUCAUUUGAGCACUGUCCUCAACACCCUCUGUUUCUGUGCAUCCGUCUUGUUGCAAAUACAUGUCUGUUGGUUCACCUAUUGUACAGCACUUUGGAAUUUGUUGGUGCUUUCUACAUAAUAAUGAUCUUUCUCUCAUCUUUAAUCUGCUCUCCUCUCCCCCUCCCCCUCCCCCCCCCUUUUCUUCUUUCACAGGCUGGAGCUCGGAGAGUUCCCCUUCUGUAAUAAAUUAAAGAAAAUUAAGGAGUUUUUAGAGAAAGGAAAUGUGUCACAGGAUAAUGUGGUUGAAGAACUGGGUGAGUUUUAGGUUGUUUCCUAAGAGUAUAUUCCCUUGUUAUGCAACUGGCAAUGUGAAGGUUUACAGAAAAACUGAAACUAAAUCUAUCAUAAGGUAUAAUUAGCAUCCCAAGAUCUUAACAAACUAAUCACACUGUAAAUAUGUUAAUUAGCACAAAACAUAAAAUACAUUCUCUUCUCCCAAAGGUAAUGGAAUUGCUGCCCUGGAGUCUGUCCCCACUGCUAUCUAUUCAUUCCUGAGAUGCAUGGAUCCUGUGGAGGAACUACCCCAAGAAUAUAACAACCUACAACGCACUAUUGCCUUUUGCAUCUCACUUGGAGGGGAUACAGACACUAUAGCUACCAUGGCUGGGGCUAUUGCUGGAGCAUACUAUGGGGAGGAACAGGUUCCACUCAGCUGGAAGCUCUGCAGUGAAGCAUAUCAAGAUGCUGAAUUGUGGGGGGAAAAGCUACAUCAGUUGUACAGCACACGAAUGCAGAGUUCAGGAUCUUAA